CGGAGGCCAGGUGACAUGGAGCAUUUCGUAACAGGACAUAUAAGUCCCUGGAAACGAAAACGACGCCAUUUUUGUAACCUCCCCCAAUCCUGUUUCGAAUUUCUCUGCCUUUUCUUCUUCCUUCGUCCUUUUUCCCUUCCAUUCCUCUUCCUUGGCCCCUGCCUCCAUCACCGUCGCACAGCGGCGCCUCCGUCAGCCACCAUCAACACCGGCGACCUCCUCCUUCCUCUCUUUUCGCGUCUUCUUCCCUUUCUCACUCCCUUACUCCCAUUAGUCUCUCUCUCUUCUCACCCUCCUUCCACCCACCGUUCAUUCGCGACAACCUUCUCGGCGACCCACUGCUGCUGCGCCGCCGCCUCUCUGCAAAAAUUAGUCUCAAAUCUCGAGGGGUUAGAGUUUUCCUCUGCACCAACAACAUUGAACGGUGCCGGAUCGGGAUCCUCGAACCUCUGCAUAAAUGACACUCUCACUGACGACGAGCUUCGUUUGAUCCUGGCGAAGCUGGAGAGCGAGAAGGACAAGGAGAUCUUCGGGUUGGUGUGUAAGAGGUGGCUCCGAUUGCAGAGCACCGAAAGGAAGAAGCUUGCGGCGCGUGCAGGUCCACACAUGCUUCGCAUAAUUCCUGAUAGGUUCACGCGCUUGCUCGAAUUGGACCUUGCCCAAUCCGUUUUGCGGUCGUUCUAUCCCGGCGUCACCGAUCCUGACCUCGACGUCAUCGCCAAUUUUUUCUUCAUGUUUUCUUUUUUCAAAUAUUGAGCUUUAAAUUUCAGUUCCCCCCCCCCCUAAGAUGCUGGAUUUGUUUACUGCUGUUGCUUUUUCUUGAUUUUUGCUUUUGAAACUGGUUAUAUGAAGUAGUUUUGAACUCAUCACUUGGAAUGAUUGUGCUUCUGAGUUCUGAUGUUGUUUCUAUUAUGCAAUUUGAAAAUGAACAAUUUUGAGUGCUGUUGUCAUGAUAGUCAAAUUGAGUGAUGAUUUAAGGUUAUCUACCACCUUUGGGAUGUUGCUUUUCUUUUGAUGGGGAGUAAAACUUUCAAUAAGAUUGACAUGGAAUGUUUUUGUUUGGUUUAAUGUACACAGGAAUUUCAGAUGUUGGAAUGAAAGCCAUUGGCGAAGGUCUUUCCUUGUUGCAGUCAUUGGAUGUAUCCUAUUGUAGAAAGCUGACUGACAAGGGACUAUCUGCUGUCGCUAAAGGUUGUAGCGACUUACGGGUAUUGCAUCUCGCCGGUUGCAGAUUCGUUACGGAUGGUAUAUUAGAAGCUCUCUCCAAAAGCUGUCAUAAUAUGAAAAAACUGGGAUUGCAAGGGUGCACAAAUAUUACCAACUAUGGAUUGAUAAGCCUUGCAAGUGGUUGUCAACAGAUCAAGUAUUUGGACAUCAA